UUUUUUUGCUGCUGUUUGCUUCGUAUAACAAUCUGUACCCUUUCAAUUUCAAUCGGUAUGGUUUCCCUGGUGACGUACGAUAUGGAUGCGAAUGAUCGAUAUUUGCAUUUUGCAGCUAAGAUAAACCAUCUCCGCGUGUGAUGGAGCGGAAGAGAAGGGAAAUUUGGAUUGAGGAACAAAUAAAUAAUACCACUGAAUGUGAAUCAAUCGAAUCGCAAAAAUGGGACUUGGUAUAAAAGAGUAGAGCUCGCUGGUGACCAGGAUGUAUUCGUCUAUCGGCAGCUAGUGUGAUCGGUGUCAUCCUAAUUGUGUUAGCUCGUGUGAACGUGAACAACGUGACAAAACCUAUUUACUGCAUACAAUAUGAGAUCCAUCAGCUCAUCCGGAUUCGGUGUGGCCAAACUGUUCCUGCUCGUCGCACUGUGUGCUGUGUUGCUUCCGGUGCCCGGUUCGUCCCAGGUGACAUUUUCCCGCGAUUGGAAUGCGGGAAAGCGUGCGAUGCCUGAUUCGGGUAUGAACGGAGUGACCGAAUGUUCUGCCAUCUGGCGUUCGGUGAACAACUUAUGUGCCGCAGUAACGAAAAAUAUUCAACACUUAACACUAUGUGAAACCCGUUCCCUGCUCAAAUCACUGCAAACGGAUGAAUCGUCAAUGGAAAGCACCAGCGGGAAUAACUUGCCCAUGUUUUCCAACAGUCAUAUCUAACUUGUGCUAAACGUUCGAUGGGCAAAGAAACCAAAACAAAUAAUGUCGUGCUGUAUCUAUGGUAGCAUGUAAAAUCAUUUGCAAUGGGACUUAUUACACUUGAUUUUGUUAUCAUUUCAACUGUGGAACGUGUUCGAUCUUACUUAUCCUCUCUUUCAUCUCCCGUAACACCACUUACACUACCGACAAAAGGAAUCGUUAUCCCUACUUGUUUACAUCAGAACAAAAAGCCAAUAAUUGCUCCUUAUUAACCUUCCAAUCAAUAAGUGUCCCAUUGCAAACAGUGUAGCGAUAAAAUAUAGCACUUCUUCUAAGCAAAGAUGAAACAGAACAAGAGAAGAAGCAACAAAAAAACAGUACAUUAAAAAAAUGAAAUAAAAACAAAGUAAGAAUAAUAAACGUAAAAACUCCUCAUUCCAUUGUGCUCAAGCAAA